AUGACAACUCUGGCCGGAGCUGUCCCCAGGAUGAUGCGCCCCGGGGCCGGGCAGAACUAUCCCCGCAGCGGGUUCCCGCUGGAAGUCUCUACCCCUCUAGGCCAGGGCAGAGUCAAUCAGCUCGGAGGAGUGUUUAUCAAUGGCAGGCCUUUACCCAACCAUAUCCGGCACAAGAUAGUGGAGAUGGCCCACCAUGGCAUAAGGCCCUGUGUCAUCUCCCGCCAGCUGCGAGUGUCCCACGGCUGCGUCUCCAAAAUUCUCUGCAGGUACCAGGAGACGGGCUCCAUCCGGCCGGGGGCCAUCGGCGGCAGCAAGCCCAAGCAGGUGACGACGCCGGACGUUGAGAAGAAAAUAGAGGAAUACAAGCGGGAAAACGCGGGCAUGUUCAGCUGGGAGAUCCGGGACAAGCUGCUGAAGGACGGCGUGUGUGACCGCAACUCGGUGCCGUCAGUGAGCUCCAUCAGCCGCAUCCUGCGGAGCAAGUUUGGGAAAGGCGAGGAAGAGGAGGCUGAGCUGGAAAGAAAAGAGGUGGAGGAAGGCGACAAGAAGGCCAAGCACAGCAUUGAUGGCAUCCUCAGCGAAAGAGCCCCAAUGUCACCUCAGUCUGAUGAAGGCUCUGACAUUGAUUCUGAACCAGAUUUGCCUUUAAAAAGAAAGCAGCGUCGCAGCAGGACAACCUUCACAGCAGAACAACUGGAAGAGCUGGAAAGAGCUUUUGAGAGGACACACUACCCUGACAUUUACACCAGGGAAGAACUUGCACAAAGAGCCAAGCUCACAGAGGCUCGUGUCCAGGUCUGGUUUAGCAAUCGUCGUGCCAGAUGGAGGAAGCAGGCAGGAGCCAACCAACUGAUGGCUUUCAACCAUCUGAUCCCUGGAGGUUUCCCACCCAGUGCCAUGCCAACUUUGCCAACGUACCAGCUCUCUGAGCCCUCCUACCAACCCACCUCCAUACCCCAAGCCGUGUCUGAUCCAAGCAGCACCGUCCAUAGACCUCAGCCUCUCCCUCCAAGCACUGUACACCAAAGCAGCCUCCCUUCAAACCCCGAGAGCAGCUCUGCCUACUGCCUGCCCAGCACCAGGCACGGAUUUUCCAGCUAUACAGACAGCUUUGUGCCUCCGUCCGGGCCCUCCAAUCCCAUGAACCCUGCCAUUGGCAAUGGCCUCUCACCUCAGGUAAUGGGACUCCUGACUAACCACGGUGGUGUGCCUCACCAGCCCCAAACUGAUUAUGCCCUGUCCCCUCUCACUGGGGGCCUGGAGCCCACCACCACUGUGUCAGCCAGCUGCAGCCAGAGGUUAGAGCACAUGAAGAGCUUAGACAGCCUGCCCACAUCCCAGUCCUACUGCCCACCAACCUACAGCACCACGGGAUACAGCAUGGACCCCGUCACGGGCUACCAGUACGGCCAGUAUGGCCAAAGUGCCUUUCAUUAUCUGAAGCCAGAUAUUGCAUAA